ACCUCCGGUGGUACGGGUACCAGCAUCUGGUCUGCAUGGCCCAUGGACAAUAGGGGUAUUGGCGUGUUCAAGAGGAUGGUUCAAGAGGAUGUGGACGUCGUGCAUAGUUGCAUUAAAAAAGGAUAGUGAUUUUGAAGUUGCAUCGGUGAAGAGAAAAACCAGCAAAAGCUGGUGAUACCGAUUUUUUUUUCAACCAUGGGGAAACAAAAAGUUGUAUUUUUGCUUGUGGCUAUGUGGCUUCUUGCGGCCAAUGGACAAAGCACGGGUGGCGAUUCAACCGAGGCCAGCGGAAACAACGGACCAACAAGCCGCGUACAAGGCAAACUGGACCGGGUCAUUGCCGCCCGGUUCGAAAGUGAAGUCUCCGGGCUGCGCGAUCGGGCCUCGUUCGCCUCCGAUGCGCCGGGCCUAGCGGGCGGAGGCCCGUCGUUGUCCGCGGCCAACGGCACCUCUAAACGGAUCCUGAUCGUGGACUGUAUGAUGGACGGGAGUCACACGCACAUCCAGCGGAUCACGGCCAGGGAACUGGCCUCCAGGGGCCACAAUGUCACCUGGCUGACGACAAAGGAGCUUCUCUACUGGCCCACGGAAGAAGACAAAAAGCUGAUUAAUUUCAGGUUGUUCAAUUCGCCCAUGGCCUAUUUCGAGAAUAAGCAAAAAAUCCUGGAUUACUGGACGCGUAAGAGUCUAAGCGGGGAAAUGUCGACUUUUUCUUGGUAUGCGAAGAUGUGGCUAGGAAGGCCGGACGACGAAGUCAAACGCAUUUUUGAAGCAGUGGAAGGCCUUAUGAGAAUUGUUUUCCAAGAAACGGAUUACGAUGAGCUCCGUGCAGCCAACUUUGAUCUGGUCCUUUGCGAAGUCAUGUUUCCGGCGUGUAGCUCGGUGGCCCACGACAUCCUUAAGGUGCCGUUCAUCAACACCGUUAACGGUGGCUUUCUGGGCACACGGUACAGCCGCUGGGCCAAGCAGCCCAGCCCUUUAGCCUACGUCCCCGAGUUCGUCACCGGGUACACAGACAUCAUGUCGUUCCCCCAGCGAGUCAAGAAUUACCUGAUAUCGGCCGCCACGCUGCUCAUCUACGACUACGUUCUGUUUGCCGGCGUGGACCGGGCCCGGGCCGAGGCCGGCCUGGACACCCGGAUGGGCACCAGAGAGAUCGUGGCCCGCUCCGAACUCUUCAUCCUCAACUGGGAUUUUCACAUCGAGUUUCCCAGACCAAUUUCUCCCAACACGAUUCUGAUCGGUGGGCUGACAAUUGGUCCGCCCAAACCAUUGCCGCAGGUUUUCGAAGAUUUCAUCCAGGGUUCAGGCGAGCACGGGGUGGUCAUUUUCUCCGUGAGCACACUCCUACACGUCAUGGACAUGGACAUGGCGGAAAUGAUCGCAGCGGCCCUGGCCAAACUGCCCCAGCGGGUCAUCUGGAAGUACCUCGGCGAGGAGAGGCCCGGAGCACUCGGUAACAACACCAUGAUCGUGCCGUGGAUCUCGCAGAAGGACUUGAUGGCGCACGAGAAGACCCGUCUAUUGAUCUACCACGGCGGCUUGAACGGAGGCUACGAGGCCAUGUACUACGGCGUGCCCAUUUUGGGGAUUCCCCUGUUCACGGAUCAGGUGGACGAUCUGGUUCGGCUCAAGUAUCACGUGGGCAUGGCUGACUACUUCCCCAAGGGGGUGCGAGGUCUGACGUCGGAGCAGCUCUACCAGGGGAUCAGAAGAGUCUUGGAUGACCCGUCAUACCAAGAGAAUGCCACGCGAGCGUCGGGCAAGUUACGGGACUCACAGAGCGAGCGAGGCGUGACGGAGGGCUUGCCCUUAGCACGGACCGCCCGCUGGAUCGAGUACGCCAUGGAACACGGUACGGCGCAUCUACAGACGAAACAGGACAGCCUCGCCUGGUACCAGCACAUCCUACUCGAUGUCACGUGUAUUUACGUAGCGGCGAUCGGAGCUGUUCUAUGGGCCUUGAAUAAAUUAUGCUGUUGUUGUUGUCGUAGACAAAAGCAGGGAUAAGAGUUGAAUCGUCGUACUUGGCUGGUACGGGAAUGUGUGAAUUAUAACUGAUCCAGCAGUAAAUCAGUCAGUCAUGUGCCAUUAUACCUGAUUGUAUUACUAUUAGCCUUCGAUCUCGCUUCUCAAUCACUGAUGAGAAAAAUCUGCAAAGUUCAGACACUACGUUUAGAUGAAAAAAUUACUGAAAUUGCUCAAUCUGUUCAAAGAAUAUCACUAUUUAAACGUAAUGACCCUAAAAAAGUCGUCGGAUGAACCAAAUUUAACUUAAAUGGCGUAAGAGUAUAGACUCUCUCUAUGCAUAUGGAUUCAACCUCGUCCCCAGUGCUUACUUUAUUUCCAACCACGUUUCCAGUAGUAAAACCUGGAUAGGA